CUAUUGUUACUUAAUUUAUUAUUAAUUUGAUUCAAACUUUAUAGACAAUUGUGUCAUAUUUUGUUUGAAUCAAAGAUUGUUGUAUGGAAACGUAGAUGAGACCUCACAUAAUUGAUCUCAUCUGCUAGCUCAUACAAAGGCAAAGAAAAUUGUCUACUUUUUUCAGAAAUAAAUCUGAGCACAAGUGUACAUCAUCAUACCUACCUAAAUUUUAAGAUACACGAGUUUGAGAGAUGGCGGGUGGAGGUGUUGUUCUCGCAAACAAUGGAAAGCAAUUCGAAGGAAAGGUGACACCCUUCGUGUUGGUCACAUGUUUGGUGGCGGCCAUGGGAGGUUUACUUUUUGGUUAUGAUCUUGGUAUUACUGGAGGAGUGACUUCCAUGGAACCAUUCCUGAUCAAAUUCUUCCCUAGUGUUUACAAGCAAAUGAAAAAUGAAAUUGCGUCCACGAACCAAUAUUGCAAAUUUGACAAUGAGCUUCUUACUCUAUUUACAUCUUCCUUGUAUCUCGCGGCAUUAGUUGCUUCUUUCUUUGCUUCCAUAACUACAAGGAAGUUAGGACGCAAGGCCUCAAUGUUUGCGGGUGGCUUAUUUUUCCUAGUUGGUGCACUUCUGAAUGGGUUUGCUGCCAAUAUUGAAAUGCUUAUCAUCGGCCGCAUGUUGCUUGGUUUUGGUGUAGGAUAUUGUAAUCAGUCAGUUCCUGUGUAUUUAUCUGAAAUGGCUCCACCAAAAAUUAGAGGUGCACUCAACAUUGGAUUUUCAAUGAUGAUCACAAUUGGAAUUCUCGGUGCAAACCUUAUCAAUUAUGGAACAUCCAAUCUUAAGAAUGGAUGGAGAAUUUCAUUAGGUGUUGGAGCUGUCCCUGCAGUCAUGUUGUGUAUAGGAUCUUUUUUUUUAGGUGACACACCAAACUCAAUGAUUGAAAGGGGUCAAAAAGAAGGAGCUAAAAAAAUGCUGCAAAAGAUUCGUGGCAUUGAUAAUGUUGAUGAGGAGUUUCAAGAUCUAAUUAAUGCAAGUGAGGAAGCCAAAAAAGUGGAGCACCCGUGGAGGAAUUUUGUACAACCAAGUUAUAGGCCUCAACUCAUUUUUUGCUCCUUCAUUCCAUUUUUCCAACAACUCACUGGCAUCAAUGUUAUCAUGUUUUAUGCACCCGUCCUUUUCAAAACCUUGGGUUUUGAAAACGACGCAUCCCUCAUGUCAGCAGUAAUUACCGGAGGUGUCAACGUAGUUGCUACUUUUAUUUCCAUUUUUACGGUAGACAAGUUUGGAAGAAGGGCUUUGUUUCUUGAAGGUGGUAUCCAGAUGUUAAUAUGUCAGAUUGCUGUUGGAAGUUUGAUCGCAAUGAAGCUUGGAGUUAGUGGUGAAGGCUCAUUCACAAAAAGUGAAGCGAAUCUUCUUUUAUUUUUUAUAUGUGCAUAUGUUGCAGCGUUUGCAUGGUCAUGGGGUGCGUUGGGAUGGUUGGUGCCUAGUGAAAUAUGCGCUCUUGAAGUUCGUUCUGCAGGUCAAGCUACCAAUGUUGUUGUAAACAUGUUGUUCACCUUUAUCAUUGCUCAGAUUUUUCUUAGUUUGCUUUGUGUUUUGAAGUUUGGACUUUUCUUCUUCUUUGCUGGAUUUGUGCUCAUCAUGACAAUUUUCAUUGCCUUGCUUCUUCCUGAGACAAACAACGUUCCUAUUGAAGAAAUGAAUAUAUUAUGGACAUCCCAUUGGUUAUGGAAACAAUUUGUUCGUGAUGUUGUCCCCAAACAUGAGCGAAAGGAUAGUAAUUGACAGCAUGUGAAACCAUGACUUUGUACAAAAAAUUAAUGUACCUAAAGUUUGGUCAGCAAAAUGAUGCAAAAAACUUGAUGUUCUGUUCAAAUUGAGCAUAAAAAAAAUCAACUUUACAUGUACCCAAAUAAAAAAUGUAUCAAUGCCUAACUUGAAGCAGUGUUGAAAACCUGGACAGUAAGAAAUUGUUGUGUUUACAAAUUUUCUGAGCAAUCAUAUUUUUGUACAAAUGUAUAUACAUGAAUAUGCGGCAGUCUUUAGUGGAGAA